AUGAACACCGACGCGGCCCCGGCGUGGCUGCCUUCAUAUCUCGUCCCCUUCUUCACGCUCUCCUACCCCACUGCGCGUCCAGCCAACCCAGACUCGUUCCCGAACUCGAACUACUACGUGACCGGCCUCCUCGAUGGCUGCAUUAUCAUCACCGCAAUUGCCGUCAUGGCCGUCCUACGUGACGCGACGCGUCUCUUCGUCAUGGAGCCCUUCGCCCGCUGGAAGCUCGGCCGGGACCUGCGGCUCUCCAAGCAGAAGGCGGCGGCGCUCGCUAACGGGAAGGCAAACGGGAAUGGACAUGCAAACGGGAACGGCCAUGCCGCAUACGCGAACGGCUCCGCUAUUUCAAGGAAGGAAGCUAAGAAGAUGCAUCGAAGCGUGAUUCGCUUCGCCGAGCAGGGCUGGUCCGUCGUUUAUUACACUGCUCAAUGGUCCUUCGGCCUGUACGUUCACCGGAACUUCCCUACCAAAGUCCUGAACCCUAUCAACGUCUGGCCCGGUUAUCCCCAUAUACCCCUUGCCGGCACCGUCAAGUUCUAUUACCUCCUACAGACCGCCUUCUAUAUGCACCAGGUCCUUAUCAUUAAUGCGGAGGCACGCCGGAAGGACCACUGGCAGAUGAUGACACACCAUGUCAUCACCAUAUUCCUCAUGAUUGGCAGCUACUUCUACAACUUCACGCGCAUCGGCUGUCUCAUCAUGGUUCUCAUGGACUGGUGUGACAUCUUCCUUCCGCUGGCGAAGAUGAUCCGUUACCUAGGACACACAACAGCUUGCGACGUCGCGUUCGUGGUGUUCCUGAUCUCCUGGUUUGUUACGCGACACGUGCUCUUCAUCUUGGCAAUCAAGGCAACUUGGGACGCGCUGUAUAUCACUCCUAGCAUAUGGGAUCCAAUCCGCGGACAGUACAUGACGAAGGAGAUUUACAUGACGUUCAUAGCUAUGCUGGUAGCAUUGCAGAUUAUCCAAUUGAUCUGGUUCUGGAUGGUGUGCCGGGUUGCGUACCGGGUCGUAACCGGCCAAGGUGCGGAGGACACACGGAGUGAUGACGAAGAGUGA